AUGUCAAAUCUUCUGGUCGUCAUCUCAACAUGGCAGGCAACGCGCGCCGACCGAGCAGUGACUGCAUUGAAUAGCAGAAAAUCCCUUAUAGCCGUGUUGUUCCUGGAUGGUAUUGUCCACUUUGCGCUGGUAUUCGGGCUCAAUGCAGCCGACGUUGUGGUCACACUACUCAUGGGGGAACACUUCGACAUGUCCGACGCUGUGGAACUGAUCAGUACCGUGGUGCUAUGUCACUUCUUCCUCAAUCUCCGCCGUUUAUCCAGCAGCCCCGACAUCAAUGACAGCAGUAUGCCAUCCCCCGGAAGCUCGUCCUUAAACUUCGCAUCAAGGGUCAUCGGCAACUUGGGCGAGAUGCUCGAGGAUUCCCCUGGAGCCUUCGAAGACGACCUGGAUUGUGAGCCAGAUGCGUACCUUGACGCGAGAGAGGCGCACUCUGCAAACGAUGGCCACGACGGGGCAAAUUCUCCCUCAGAUGCUCAAGCGGCCACUGCGGCAAUUUGCAGGCGAGAAAUGUAUGAGGGGAGCACUGCAAAUCGCCAGGCACUUGCAGCUCCCGAUCAGGGAUUCAACCGGCGCACGGUAGACACUGUUUAG